AUGCAUCUGUUUAUGGCCCUCUGGGCUUUGGUCACUUUUGCUUGUUUCGCACUCUUUGCAUCAGCAGACGUCUCAUCCAGCAAGAGCAACAAAUCGCUUUAUCAAUUUGACGAACUAUGGGAUCUUGAGAAGACUUUCUGGGACGAAUUCCUCUAUCCUGCCAACAAAAAGCAGGUUGAGGGUAACACUUCUACUGUCUUUGCAACUGAUGUCCAAGGACGUGUCGAUGUCACCCGUACUUUCGACGGCGACGAACUAAACCGCGAAUACAUCUUCGGUCUUUUCGUGGAUCCUAGCCAUGUCAGCCUCACCGGUAUCCCCAUUGGAUACAACAUCACUCAAUUUACUGCGAAUGACAACGUUGCCUCUGCCACCACUGUCGUGACAUUCAACAUAACCACUUUUGGUGUCAUUGCCCCUUACGCGAUUGAUACAUGGAUUGAAUGGAACGAAGAUGGGAAAAUUGCCCAGUACGACGCGACAUUCCGCUGGUUCGCAAACUCCUUGGACGUCUUGCUAGAGAGAUUGGCCGUUAAGAUUAACGCUACUUCGACUGACCAAGUCGUCACGUACGUUUCCGAUAUACUGGCCAAAACGAUUUGUGAAACGCACGAUAAAUUCUGCCUGGGCCCCAACCAACAAUACACCGACAACGCUUCUUGCUACGAGUUCUUGAUGAAGAAGACUCGAUUUGGCAAGGCUUAUGAACUCGGUCGCAACACAUUGCUAUGUCGUGAGGUUCAUGAGCACAUGGUACCAUACCGGCCCGAAAUUCACUGCCCACACAUUGGACCAACUGGCGGCGGAUACUGUGUCGAUGAUAUGACCUACUAG